AGAUUGAAAUGGAGCCCAUUUUGUUCAGGCGCAGACAAGUUUGGGCGGCAUUGGGCGAAAGAUGAUCACAGGUUUCUGUACCUGUGUCUUCAUGUUUCCCUGAUUUAAUUUAUGGAGAUAUUUGAAGGGAGGAGCUAAGGUUUUAAAUUAUUGGGUUUCUCCAAGGCUUGGUUCAGUCUUGUUGCGUGUCAUGCCAAAAGGAAUCUUUGCCACAUCUAAAUCUAUUCUUUUUUCUUUCUCUUGAAUUACAAGGAGCUGUGUUUCAAAGAGGCUGGGCUGAGAGUCACAUUUGUUCAUAUUUUUUAAGUGUUUCCCCUCUCGAAGAAGACCUGAGGUACCAGGAUGAGCUGGAGUUUCCUGACCCGGCUCCUCGAGGAAAUCAACAAUCAUUCCACCUUCGUGGGCAAGGUCUGGCUGACAGUUCUGGUGGUCUUUCGCAUCGUCUUGACAGCUGUGGGUGGAGAGGCCAUCUACCACGAUGAACAGAGCAAGUUCACGUGCAACACCCUGCAGCCGGGCUGCGAGAACGUCUGCUACGACUCGUUCGCCCCUCUGUCUCACGUCCGGUUCUGGGUCUUCCAGAUCAUCCUGAUCUCUGUGCCUUCCGUUAUCUACCUGGGCUUCGCUAUGCACCGGAUUGCCCGGAUGGAGGGCAGGAGGCAGCCCAGGAAGAAGAUACCCAUGGUGCACCGGGGCGUCGCCCGGGACUACGAGGAGGCAGAUGGCGACAAUGAGGAGGACCCCAUGGUCUCCGAAGAGAUCGAGCCCGAGUCGCUAUCCAAGCCGGAUGAGAACACCUCUGAUAAGAGGCCGCACGAUGGGAGGAGGCGUAUUAAGGAGGACGGCCUGAUGAAGGUCUACGUGUUCCACCUUCUGAUGAGGACGCUGUUCGAGGUGGGGUUCCUGGUGGGUCAAUACUUCCUCUAUGGGCUACAGGUCCUGCCCGGUUUCGUCUGCAGCAAACCGCCCUGCCCGUACACCAUCGACUGCUUCGUCUCACGUCCCACCGAGAAGACCAUCUUUCUGCUGGUCAUGUAUGUGGUGAGCGGGCUCUGCCUUUUCCUCAAUAUUCUCGAGCUGGUCCACCUGGGCUGCGGUGGGAUACGGGACGGGCUGAGGGGCCGCCGGCUGGCCAAGUGCCGCGCCUUCGCCCCACCGGGCUACCACGCCGUGUUGCGCAAGGAGCAGACCAAGAUGAGCAACGGUGACAUGUCCUACCGUGGCGCGGUGGGCGGCCUACCGCCGGCAAGCCUGGAAAUGACCGACAUGGUUCACCGACACCUCAGGAUGGCCCAGGAGCAGCUGAGCAUGGCAUACCGAGCAUACGGGGAUGUCCCAGAUCACCACAGGAGUGGCAGCCCCGAGUCCAACGGAACUGCCGUCGAACAGAACCGCCUCAACUUUGCUCAGGAGAAGGAAGGCACAUGCUCCGAGAAGACAGGAUUGAGAGGCUGAUCCUAAUGGAACCGGCUCUUCGACUAAGCGGUUCGGAGGGAGUCCGAACGCUUGAAGUAACUGAGAAAGGGACCUCAACUGGAAAAAAAAACUAGUGUUUCAUCUUGACCUCCUUGGCGCUAAGGACACUAAUUUUUAACUGAAACCUCUGGAUACAGCUGGAAUAGUGGGUGGGUGGGAGGGUGGGAGUGCCGUUGGCAUUGGGAAGAACGUGACUACACUACACGGUGAAAACCGGUGGUGUCAGUUCACUUGUACUAUUAGGUACCUUUCUGAAACAUUCCAUGCACAACGCAGUUGGGUACAGUGUGUCUUGGAUGAGCUUUGACACUAAUCUAGCCUCCUCUGGGAGCACUGAACCAGCAUUCCGCAGUCCGAGGUGGAAUGCCUGUCUUCCUUAAAGUGUUGAGAGGCAGUAACGCCUCUAGGCCACAACCAUCCUCAACCUGACCCUUUGUGGGCAAUUGCCGAUAGAACAAGACACUUUUUAAUUCUAUUUUUUUCUUGUGUAUCUUAAUAAGAAACCCCAGUGUAGUUUUGGGCUUUUGAUUGCCAAUUGAUUUAUUUUUUAAAUUCCAGUUGUUUACAGCUGUAGAACAUUCCAGAACUUUGGGUGUUGAGGAAGAGCAGCGAUCAAAUGAAUCUCCUUUUUUUUGUGUUUAUAUUUUAAUGAACUUGAUACUGAUUUUGCUGUAGGUCGCCGGAUGAGAUUUCCUGUUUCAUUCUGCACAAUUCCAUGACAUAUAGUUCAGGCCACGGUUCCACAGUUACUAACUCCUGGAAUUCAACUCACUUCCUCCUCGGCCCUUCACCUUGCCCCUCAACCCAACAAAAAUCUCCGCAGAAUCAUUCAUUCUUGUCAUGCGCAGCGACACAGCGGGGAUUGCCUCUCUGACAGCAUCAGCAACACCAGGGUUCUCUGGUUGGUUGGCAGGUGGGUAUUCCCUUGCGUUCCUUGAAUUUUCUCUCAGCUUGUUGCCCAGAGGUCUCUCUUUUUCUCUCUGGGGACUACAGGCAGAGCAGCUGACUAGGAAGCCUUGCAUUGGCCAGUAACUCUAGCCUUUAUGAAUAAGGUCUAACCUGUAGAUUGUUUUUUCCACCCACCUGUCCACCUUUGUAAGGUGUAUGAACCAAAGAUCAGUUUGCAGUUUACUUUUUUAUAUAUAUUUUAGGUAAAAAUGCAUAGGUUCUUAAUCCACUAUGUUUUUUUUCUUUUGGUGAAUAUUUUCCUUUGGGAUUUGAGAUUGUCUUUCUGACUGGGUUCUAUGUAGUUUACAUGUUCCGAGUGUUUAAGUCCGGUACAUUUCACCACUGAGGCUCACUUUGUGCUGUUUUCAUUUCAAAGACACUUGUUCAGGUACCUGCCAAACCUGUAGACUCCUUCCUCAGCUACUGCUGUGCUCAGAAGGUGAUCUGUUUACUACAGCAGUGAGCCACUGUGUUCUAUUAUCUCAUGUGUGAACUGCCUUUGCUGUUGUGCUUUUUUUAUAUAUAGAGAAAUAAAAAGGGAUGCUGACUAACUUAUGCUGUCGAAUUCUGUGUUGUCAGCCACACUGAUUCUCCGACGUUACCUUGUGCUGGUUGGAGCAGGCAGAACAUAGAGCAUUGAACAGUACAGCACAGGACCAGGCCCUUCAACACACAACGUUGUGCUCAACCAAUUAAAUUAGCAAUCAAAUGGUAAACAAAACUCAUCCCUUCUGCCUACACAAUGCCCAUAUCAUUCCAUUUUCCUCACAUUCCUUACAUUGUGCUCUUAAAAUUCCCUGUAUCUGUCUCUACCACCAGGGCUGGCAGUGUAUUCCAGGUAUCCUGUCCCUGUCCCCGCAUCUCCUUUGAAAUUACCCGCUAUCCCCUUAAAUGUAUGUCCUUUGGUAUUAGACAUUACGUUCCUGGGAAAAGAUACUGUCUGUCUGCUCUUAUCUAUGCCUCUCAAAAUCUUAUAAACCUCUAUCGGAUCUUCCCUCAGCUUCCGCUGCUCCUGAGAAAACAACCCAAGUUUGUCCAACUUCUCGCUCUAGGACAUGCCCUCUAAUCCUGGUAGCAUCCUGAUAAACUGAACAACAUUUAAACACUUUGUAACCAACUUCCACCCUGCCCUCAAGCUUACUUGGUCCAUCUCUGACACCUCCCUCUUCUUUCUUAAACUUUCGGUCUCCAACUCUACUGAUAAUCUUUUUCCCACUCCUGAUUGAGGGUCUCAGCCCAAGGCGUCGACUGUUCAUUUCCCUCCGUAAACGCUGCUUGAGUUUCUCCAGCACUUUGUGUGUGUUACUCAACAUUUAAAAGGCUCCAGAACAGGUCCGUGGCGGAUAGGAAAGGUAUGGGCCAAACACACACAAAUGGGACAGUUUAGAUCUCUUGUAUGACAAGAUGGAUUCUCAGAUUCACAAUCUACCUUAUUAUCAUCUUGUGCUUUAUUGUUUAUCUG